UCCUCCUCCUCCUCCUCCGGCAGCCGAGUCCCCGGACCGAUGGAUUCCCGGCCUGGACGAUUUGCAAUAGGAAAUGGGGUCAUUGGACACCUGAAGAAGUCAAGUUAUGCCAUCUAGGAUACUCUCGGGUGAACUUCCAAAGGAAGAACCGACUGAUUCUCACGAAGACUGUGGCUUCUGUUCCUCUUCACAGCGGGACGGCGGCCAUACUCUAAAUUCCGUGCAAUCUUCACACCCUCCUUCCCUGCUUCUGAGGGCCGAAGGAUGCUCCUGAGCGCCGAUCAGAUCGCCCUGAUCGGGCAGGUGUUCGAAUCGUACGUGACCGAACAGCACCGGGGCCACCUCCUGCAGAUCCUGAAGGAACGGGACGAAGACGCCCACUAUUCAGUCGUGGUGGACGCCCUGACCCUCUUCGAGACCAACAUGGAGAUCGGGGACUAUUUCAAUGCUUUCCCGAGCCAGGUGCUCCCCGUUCUGGACGGGGCGCUGCGCAGGGCCGCCCUGGCCGUCCUGCACAGUGCUUCGGCCCCGGAGGAGCUGAGCAUGAAGCAGAAUCUUCACACCAGGAUAGCUGGUCUGCCCGUGUGCCCGGAGCUGACGAGGGAGCACAUCCCUAAAACCAAAGACGUGGGACACUUUUUAUCUGUCACGGGGACAGUGAUCCGGACCAGCCUGGUGAAGGUCCUGGAGUUCGAGCGGGAUUACAUGUGUAACAAGUGCAAGCACGUGUUCGUGAUCAAGGCUGACUUCGAACAGCACUACGCCUUCUGCCGCCCCACGUCCUGCCCCAACCCGGAAGGCUGCGGGUCCUCCAAGUUCACGUGCCUCUCGGGCUCGUCUGCCCCUGCCAGCUGUAGGGACUACCAAGAAAUCAAAAUCCAGGAACAGGUCCAGAGACUUUCUGUCGGAAGCAUCCCUCGCUCUAUGAAGGUUAUCCUGGAAGACGACUUAGUGGACAGUUGCAAAUCUGGUGACGACCUGACCAUUUUCGGGGUGGUGAUGCAGCGGUGGAAGCCCCUCCAGCCGGACAGCCGCUGCGAGGUGGAGAUCGUCUUGAAAGCCAACUACGUCCAAGUGAACAACGAGCAGCCCCUGGGCGUGGCCAUGGACGAGGAGGUCCGCAGGGAAUUCCAGCGCUUCUGGGAGCUCUACCGGAGGGAUCCUUUCGCAGGAAGAAAUACAAUCCUGGCCAGUUUGUGCCCCCAGGUCUUUGGCUUGUACUUGGUGAAGCUGGCCGUAGCCAUGGUGUUGGCCGGCGGGGUGCAGCGGACCGACGCCACCGGAACCCGAGUCAGAGGGGAAUCCCAUCUCUUACUGGUCGGAGAUCCGGGCACGGGGAAAUCUCAGUUCCUCAAAUACGCCGUAAAGAUUACACCGAGAUCAGUACUCACCGCCGGAAUUGGGUCCACGAGCGCAGGUCUGACUGUGACAGCGGUGAAGGACUCCGGGGAGUGGAAUUUGGAGGCUGGAGCAUUGGUGCUUGCAGAUGGAGGUCUUUGCUGUAUCGACGAAUUUAAUAGCAUCAAGGAACAUGACCGAACUAGCAUCCAUGAAGCAAUGGAACAGCAGACCAUCAGCGUGGCCAAGGCUGGCCUCGUGUGCAAGCUGAACACCAGGGCGACCAUCCUGGCGGCCACCAACCCCAAAGGCCAGUAUGACCCCAGCCAGUCCCUCGCGGUCAACAUUGCCCUGGGCAGCCCCCUCUUGAGCCGGUUCGACCUGGUCUUAGUCUUGCUUGACACCAGGAACGAAGACUGGGAUCGCAUCAUCUCCUCCUUCAUCUUAGAAAACAAGGGUUGCCCAAGCAAAUCUCAGAAGCUCUGGAGCAUGGAGAAGAUGAAAACCUACUUCUGCCUCAUAAAGCAGCUGCAGCCCACCCUGUCGGACGAGGGCAACCGGGUCCUGCUCCGGUACUACCAGUUGCAGCGGCAGAAUGACUGCCGGAAUGCCGCCCGGACCACCAUCCGGCUGUUGGAGAGCCUGGUCCGGUUGGCGGAAGCUCACGCCCGGCUGAUGUUCAGGGAGACGGUGACCGUGGAAGACGCCGUUACCGUGGUGUCCGUGAUGGAAUCAUCUAUGCAGGGAGGUGGACUGCUGGGCGGCGUGAACGCACUGCACACCUCCUUCCCAGAAAACCCCCUGGAGCAGUACCGCAUGCAGUGUGAGCUGAUCCUGGAAAAGCUGGAGCUGCAAUCCCUGUUGGAGGAGGAGCUGCGACGGCUGGACCGAUUGCAGAACCAGAAUUUUUCGUCCCCGUCUCCACCUGGAGGAAAGGAAAUGGGAACUUCUUCAAGAGUCCCUUCAGAGGACCAAGAAGCCCAGGCUAAAACCCAGUUCUCCUCCUCCUCUUCCUCUGCCAGGGGGGCCACUUCAGCAUCACCUGUCCCAGGACCCGCAUCUCCACCAAGAGACCCCGUGCAGAAGACAAGCCGCCGGCAUUCAGAGACACAUGAGGUCGGCCGUGACGACACCAGCAUGGCCUGGUUUGAUAACCCAUCUGGGGCCCGAGUCGGGUCUGGAAACGGCCACCCCGAGCAACGGGGGGACCCAUCCCCGGGGUCGGGGAAGAGGGUGACGAGCCGGGGACGCAUAGCAGAUGCGGAUAGUCCGGAGGGGAAGCAGGCAAAGUCCUCCCGGGUCGGCACAAAGGCCCAAAAAACAGAAACGCUUCUAGAGGAGCGUCUGGAAACACGUCCAGAGGAGCCCAACCUGGUGCCCGGGAAACUACGGCAGCUGCAGGCGGACAGGGCUCUGAAGGUGGAGGCGGGCGCAGCGGAAGCCCAGUCUGUACCCUCUUCCUCUUCCCCGUCGGCAAGUUUCGCUCCGCCUCGCCUCAGCAUCCCCUCGCCGGAAAGAAAAGCGGCAACUUCCAGGAGAAAGAGAAAGAAAGACAGGGCUGGGGAGGAAGAAGAGGCAGCUGGGUCCCGGGGCCCCGAAGGGACUGAGGGGGCAGACCCCCGGUCGGCUAAGCUGGCCAGGUUCUCGUUCCAACAGAGGGCAAAGUUGGUCCAUUCCGCAGAUGGUGGACAGGGUGAUUGGCUCCCCAGAGCCAGCAAGGCGGCCAGAGAGCUGCCUAGGUUGGGAAGCGGCACAGGGGAGAGAGAACGGCCAGGGGGAGAAGGUGGCCCGCUGGGGCCGGAGAGGCUGGCUCCGGUUUCCAGGAGCAGAAAGCGAACUCCGAGACCCCGCGGGGACGCCCCGCACCCAGCCGUGGAGAUGGAAGAGCAGGGAGGAGCCCAGGCCGGAGCCCAGGCCAAAGCUGGGGCUGGAAACCAGGUGGAGGAGCCUCUCUCUGCUAUGGAGAAAGAAAAACGGGAUGAGGGUCCCACUAAGGUGCGGGCCUGCACGCUAGUCAAAUUGGCAAGCUUUGCCUUCACGUCGCCUUCCGAAUCAAAGCCAAAGGCCGGUUCGGUUGCCAGCGGGGAAGGCCGGCUUCCUGAGGUUCCCGACGGGCCCAACGUAAGAAGGAAGACUUUCCAACUGGAGGGGACCCGUGAGAAACCAGCCAUUCCCGGAAAGUCCCUCUUCACCGUUACUGAGUCGGAUGAUGACGACGCAUUCGACUUCGACUGGGACGAUGAGAUGAGGCAGAAGCCAAAGUCGUAGCAUGGACUUCUCUUCCCCGAGUCCUCUGUCUCACCCGGACGCGUCUGCUGCUGGCUGGCCGCGGGCUGCCGUCCUGUCGGCUCCCGCAAGAGACUGAGGCCGGACUCCCCACUGGGAGUUGGGAUCGGAGUCUGUCCCCCCCUCCCACACCCCGCUGCGGCCGGACCUGUAGAUUCCACAAGGAUUAGUUGACACUGGUCUGCAAACAGCUGGAAAGCUCUAUGCGAUGUCAGCAGACAUCCCCACCAUGCCUGUCUCUCCCAGACCGCUGCUCCAGCCCGGGAGAGGUCCAAACAGGGAAUGGGGAGCUCCGAAAAACUAACCACUCGUGGGCAGCCCCGAAUUCUCUGUCCCAGAGCCUGCACCCUUAGAGUGUGGCCGAUGAUCAUGAUGGAGUCCUGUGGCCACUAGGACUUUUCUGUCUUUCCCAUGCCUCUGGUCACAUUCCCCUGGGCGCAGAUUGGUGUGGAGCUGCCUGCUUUUUAGCUUGGAGCUCCUGCAUCUGGGCUGCCCUUUUAUUUCUCCCUGUCACCUCUCCUUCCCUCCAUUUGGGAAGGAAAGGGGAGGAGGGGAAAGCCUAACUAUGGUCCUGUGUCAAACAAAUGUCCAGGUACCUCAUUUGGCUAGAACCUGCACCCCCAGCCGUAUGGCUACCAAAACAGAGAGACAGGGCUUCCUUACCUCAACAAGAAGUGCAAUUUGUGCUCCCAAACUUGAUGUUCUUGGGAUACUAGCCCCAUGGGCUCAGGGGUAGAGGAGAAAUAGUCCCUUUCACUGCCUUGAACAUUGGGUUGAAAACAGGUUUCUUUCUCGGCAGCCGUGUGGCCUCUCCCAGAGCCCUCAGCUCUUCUUACCAUCCAUUUGAGCCCAAAAUGUUUCUCUUCCAGAGAAUGGCAAGAGUAAUGAGACGUCCAUCAUGGGUCAGUCAGUUCAGGACACAGACCAUAGAACAAACAGAAAACAUAUUGUCACCUGAGGGGCCAUGGUGCGCCAUCUAAAAGGGAGAAAUGUUCCUUGUUUUCACUGAAUCAGCUUCGGACAGAAAAUGUCUCCUCCACCAGGGGAAUCAUGGCAACCAUUUUGGGUAGUUUAUAAAAUGGCGGAUCAUUUGAAUACAAAAAAACUGAGUAGUAUAGACUAAAGAUUUCGACUGCACUAUUCAGGCCCGGAUACCUGGAUACGAUGAAAUUGCGUCACAAUCACUGUGGCUUGAUGCAGAAUCAUGCCGCAGUUCGGUAUUAGGGUUUAUAUUUUAUUUUGUUUUUCACAAAUAAAAGUAAAGAGAGUAAAGAG